UUAUUAGGAAAAUAUUUAGACUGUUGACUGAAUAAAUUAUACAUUUUUCUCGAAUCAUUAGAUUUAUAUAUAAAGAUCUAAUAUCACGUGACGCCAGCAUGGCGGAUCCGGAUGCUUCUUCAGUCAUCAAAAGUUACAACUGUGGAGCUUUUAUGUUUAUAUUUAACUGAUUUGUAAUUUAUCAUCGGUUUUGUAAACAAUAGAGACAAUUUAUUAAAUUUUAGGUUCUCAGUGUGGUCGGCACUUGCCGAAACCAAUAUAGAAGCGAUGUUCCUUACAAGAGCAUUAGAAAAAAUUCUUGCAGAUAAAGAAAUUAAAAAGGCGUAUCAUUCACAACUCAAAAAAGCCUGUGAGGGGGCAUUGGAUGAACUUAAAAGUGAAAAUAAAAAGAACCAUGAAGAUCCUAAAGAAUCUUCCUCAGCUCUACCUGUUCCAAAACAAGCAGGUUUUGUUGAAGCAGACAAAUAUUUCCUGCCCUUUGAACUGGCCUGUCAAUCUAAAUGUCCUCGAAUUGUUAACAUAGCUUUAGAUUGUUUACAGAAGCUUAUUGCGUAUGGACAUUUGACUGGUAAUCUCCCUGACACAACAUCUCCUGGAAAACGUCUUAUUGACCGCAUAGUGGAAACAAUAUGUGGGUGUUUCAAUGGUCCUCAAACAGAAGAAGGUGUUCAGCUACAAAUUAUUAAGGCACUUUUAACUGUGGUUACAUCCACCACAUGUGAGAUCCAUGAGGGCACUGUGUUGCAGACUGUUAGAACUUGCUACAAUAUUUACUUGGCUAGUAGAAAUCUAGUCAACCGAUUGACCGCCAAGGCCACUUUAACUCAGAUGCUAAAUGUCAUCUUCAGUCGUAUGGAAACACAAGCUGCACAAGACGAAAAGGUCCAAGAACAGAGUGAUAAUAAAGAUGCCAAAAAGACAGAUGUUGUGAAUGGACAAGAAACCAAUGAUAAAAAGGAGAGUGCUGAUGAGGGUGUCUCUGUUGAAGAAAAUGGGGAAGAUUCAAAUGACUCAGUACAGGCCAAGUCUACAAAAAAUAAAAAUGAAACGGAGGAUUCUGUCAAAAACAAUGGUUCAACCCAGAAUAGCAGAGAAGGGUCAUGUGAGACUGACACAGCUGAAGGAAUAGUGUCUAGUAUUUUAAAUGACAUUAUACAAAAUGUUGGUAAAGGCGAAGAAGAUAAGCCUGGAGCGACAGAAAACCCUAGUGACAAUGUAGUUGAAUCAAACAAUGCACAGAAUGACACAAAUCACCCUGCUACAGUAGAACAACAAACGUCUGUAAUGACAAACUCAACAGAAGGUACUGCAACCUCACCUGAUGAUUCUACUGAGGGCGGAGAACAGUUUCAUGGAGCUUUCAGUCACAUUCUUCAAAAGGAUGCCUUUCUAGUAUUUAGAAGUCUAUGCAAGCUUUCUAUGAAGCCUUUAGGGGACGGACCACCAGAUCCAAAGUCCCAUGAACUGCGCUCUAAAGUCUUGUCUCUGCAGUUACUGCUUUCAAUACUACAGAAUGCUGGACCAGUAUUUCGCACAAAUGCCAUGUUCAUUAAUGCAAUAAAGCAGUAUUUGUGUGUUGCUCUGUCCAAGAAUGGAGUCAGCUCUGUGCCAGAAGUGUUUGAGCUUUCCUUAACUAUUUUCAUAACUUUACUUGCAAAUUUCAAACAGCACCUUAAAAUGCAAAUUGAGGUAUUUUUUAAAGAAAUAUUUUUAUACAUUUUGGAAACCCCCAGUAGCUCUUUUGAACACAAGUGGAUGGUUAUUCAGGCACUUACAAGGAUUUGUGCAGACGCUCAAAGUGUUGUAGACAUUUAUCUCAACUAUGACUGUGAUUUAGCAUUGGCCAAUAUCUUUGAACGUCUGAUAAAUGAUCUUUCAAAAAUAGCCCAGGGACGUCAUGCAUUAGAACUAGGGGCUACACCUAAUCAAGAAAAGAGCAUGCGAAUCAAAGGACUUCAAUGUUUGGUAUCUAUCCUGAAGUGUAUGGUUGAGUGGAGUAAAGAUCUUUACAUCAAUCCUCACUCACAGUCUAACUUGGGUCAGGAUAGCAAACCGUACACAGAAACAGACAAUGACUCGGGUAGUGGGACGAUGACAAGCUAUGGGAGCACCAACUCUCUUAGCUCUAAUUCUAGCGCUCCCACUACUGUUGUUGCUGGAGGAAGCUUUGCUCCUGGUACAGUUCCUGCUGAUAAUCCCGAACAAUUUGAGGUUCUCAAGCAACAGAAAGAGGUCAUGGAAAUAGGAAUAGAGCUGUUUAAUAAGAAACCUCUUAAAGGUAUUCAGUACUUACAGGAGCAAGAAAUGUUGGGUAAAUUGCCUGAAGAUAUUGCAGAAUUCUUGCACACUGAGGAGCGCCUUGACAAGACUGUAGUGGGAGAUUUUUUUGGAGAAAAUGAGAAAUUUCACAAAGAAGUGAUGUAUGCGUAUAUAGAUCAUAUGGAUUUCACUGACAUGGAUAUUGUUUCAGCUUUGCGCAAAUUUUUAGAAGGUUUUCGGUUGCCUGGUGAAUCCCAGAAAAUUGACAGACUGAUGGAGAAAUUUGCUUCUCGUUACUAUGAAUGCAACAAAGAAUUAGAAAUAUUUGCUAGUGCAGAUACAGCUUACGUUUUGGCCUUCUCUGUUAUUAUGUUGACCACUGAUCUUCACAAUCCUCAGGUUAAGCCAAGUUCUAAGAUGACCAAAGAACAAUACAUUAAAAUGAACAGAGGCAUCAAUGACAGUAAAGACUUGCCUCCUGAUUACCUCUCGGCUAUCUAUGAUCAGAUUGCUGGCAAAGAGAUUAAAAUGAAAGCCCACAGUAGUGGUAUCAAGCCAAAUAAACCAUCAAAGGACAUAACCUCAGACAAACAGCGGAGACUUUUGUACAAUGUAGAGAUGGAACAAAUGGCACAGACAGCCAAAGCACUUAUGGAAAGUGUCAGCCAUUGUCAAGUUAGUUUUACUAGCGCUACACACCAAGAACAUGUCAGACCUAUGUUUAAGCUUGCAUGGACCCCAUUCCUUGCAGCAUUUAGUGUUGGUUUGCAAGACUGUGAUGACAAUGAGAUUGCCCAACUUUGUUUGGAUGGGAUACGUUGUGCUAUUAGAAUCGCUUGCAUAUUUCACAUGGAGCUUGAAAGAGAUGCAUAUGUUCAAGCACUUGGAAGGUUCACCUUGCUGACCUGUGCCACACCUAUUACAGAAAUGAAAACCAAAAACAUUGACACAAUUAAGACACUCAUCUCUGUGGCUCACACUGAUGGAAACUAUUUAGGAAAAUCUUGGCUAGAGAUCUUGCGUUGCAUUUCUCAGCUUGAGUUAGCGCAGUUAAUUGGUACAGGAGUUAAAACAAAGUACAUUGCCUCUGGGCCACACUCAAGCAAUCCGGUUGAGGCACAUGAUCCAGAAGCCAUUGUAAAAGGUAACAUGGGAAACAUGGACAGGCAGAGACUAGCCAACUUUCAGGAGACUGUAGGUGAAACAAGCUCACAAAGUGUUGUGGUAGCAGUGGACAGAAUAUUUACUGGUUCUGUCAAACUUGAUGGAGAUGCUAUUGUUGAGUUUACUCGUGCCCUGUGCCAAGUAUCCAUGGAUGAGUUGGCCAGCACUGCUCACCCACGAAUGUUCAGUCUGCAGAAAAUUGUUGAGAUUUCUUACUAUAACAUGGGCCGUAUUCGUCUACAGUGGUCUCGAAUAUGGACUUUCCUCAGUGAACAUUUUAAUAAGGUUGGGUGCAAUCCAAACGAAGAUAUUGCCUUCUUUGCUGUGGACUCUUUAAGACAGCUCUCUAUGAAAUUCAUUGAGAAAGGAGAGUUUGCCAAUUUCAGAUUCCAAAAAGAUUUCUUGCGCCCCUUUGAACACAUCAUGAAAAGAAACAAGUCUCCUGCAAUCAGAGACAUGGUUGUAAGAUGUGUUGCUCAGAUGGUGAAUUCACAAGCAGCCAACAUUAAGUCAGGUUGGAAAAAUAUCUUUAGUGUUUUCCACCUUGCCGCCUCAGACCAUGAUGAGGGCAUAGUUGAUCUUUCAUUCCAGACCACAGGGAAAAUUAUUUCCAAUGUUUUUGAAAAACACUUUGCUGCAAUUAUUGAUUCAUUCCAAGAUGCAGUCAAAUGCUUAUCUGAAUUUGCAUGUAAUGCUGCUUUUCCUGAUACCAGCAUGGAAGCAAUAAGGUUUAUCAGAAACUGUGCCAAAUAUGUAGCUGAGAAGCCCACUAUGUUUAAAGAGCAUGCAGGUGAAGAGAUAUCAGUUCCAGAGGAUGAUAGGGUCUGGGUAAAGGGAUGGUUUCCUGUUUUAUUUGAAUUAUCUUGUGUGAUCAAUAGGUGCAAACUAGAUGUUCGGACAAGGGGUUUGACUGUGAUGUUUGAGAUUAUGAAGACAUAUGGGGAAAGCUUUCAAUCUCACUGGUGGAAAGAUUUGUUCAAAAUAGUUUUCCGAAUCUUUGAUGUCAUGAAGUUGCCUGAACAACAAAAUGAGAAAGCUGAGUGGAUGACAACAACUUGUAAUCAUGCACUUUAUGCUAUUGUGGAUGUGUUCACUCAAUACUAUGAGCAGUUGUCUCCUUUGUUACUGACUGAUCUAUAUCAGAUGUUACAGUGGUGUGUUGCACAAGAUAAUGAACAGCUUGCCAGAUCAGGUACCAAUUGUCUUGAAAACCUGGUGAUAUCAAAUGGUAGCAAGUUUUCAAUUAGUGCUUGGGACCAAACAUGCAGCUGCAUGCUUGAUAUUUUCAAAUCAACCAUUCCACAUAAACUAUUAAGCUGGCAACCUGAGAGUGUUUUUGAUGUUACCUCUCCUGUUAGACAUGAUUCUAUUGGCUUUGAAAACCCUGAUGAAUAUUUUUCUGAGGUUGGUCACAUGGGCAGAGCAGAAAGUAUGCAGAGUAUACAAAGCUCAACAUCUCAGGAAUGGCAUGAUAACAGAGCCAUUAAAAAAACUGCAUAUGACCAUCAGUUGUUCCAGAGCCUUUUAAUUAAAUGUGUUGUUCAGCUUGAGUUAAUUCAGACAAUAGACAACAUAGUUUUCUUUCCUGCCACAAGUCGUAGAGAGGAUGCUGAAAACUUAGCUGUUGCUCAGGGCGGAGACAAUGAUUCCUUAACAGAUUCUUAUCAUGAGCAUUCAAGUGACGAGCAAGGAAUGUACCAAUAUCUUUCCUCCAGUCAGUUGCUUAUGUUUGUUGAUUGCCUUCUUGAGUCACACAGAUAUGCAAAGUCUUUCAACUCUAACCAUGAGCAAAGGAAUGUCCUCUGGAAAGCAGGUUUCAAGGGGAAAGCAAAACCAAAUUUGUUAAAGCAGGAGGCACAGAGCUUAGCAUGUUUGUUCAGGAUUCUUUUUAGGUUAUAUGAUGAUGUGAAGCGACAAAGUUCAUGGCCUGAAGUGGAGCAGAAAAUCUUAGAAGUUUGUAAAGAAGCCUUGGAGUAUUUCCUUAGCAUCCAGUCUGAGAGUCACAAAGAGGCUUGGGGAAACUUACUACUACUUUUGCUCAUUCGUUUAUUGCGGAUGUCAGAGGAAAGAUUCAAGAUACAUGCAAGCGCAUAUUUUCCACUCCUGUGUGAAAUUAUAAUGGUCCCUCUUAAAACAGAAAUAGUGUCUACUCUGCGCAAGUUUUUCCUGAGAUUAGGACCUGCAUUUGGAAUAACACCCAAAUCUGUUUAAAUGAGAGAGAGAAAUUUUAUUCGGUUAAUUAAAAGAAAUUUAUUUCAUUGUGGGUCAAGUUUUUAGUGGGAAUACGUUUACAUUUAUUUUUAUGUCUAAAUUUUUAUAUUAUUUGUUUAGUUCAUCAGUCUAAAUUCUGUUCGAGGUAUGUGUUUAAAUAAGCCAUUAUUAUUCAGGAAUGUCAUUAAAAACAAACUGCUAGGCAUGUAGUUUGUCAAGAGUAGUUCGUCUGUAAGCUGUUUACAAUUUCUGUUGUUUUUUUAAAUAUAAAAUACAGUUGUUUUUUUUUUACUUCAAACUUAUCUUUUUAUUUUUUCUGGCAAACAUUUACCCAAAAAAAAUGUUUGUUUGCCAAAAAAAAAAUCUUAGAACUUUCUGAUGUUAGAUCUCUUUUUUUUAUGGUCUUGAGUAAACAGUAUCUAUUACUACUAUAUAACUUUAAUAUAACUUACAUUUUUUAAGUAAAUGAACCAAGAAAGUUAAAAUGUUUAAAACAGUGAUUUCAUAAUUUAAAUUAGCUAAUAAUCCAUGCUUUACAUAUAUUUUUAACUGAAUCUGCUUCCAUAGGAGACUUGUCAGAGAGUUCAUUAAAGCAUACUUUAAUUCACACUUUGAAAAAAAAAAAUUUAGCAGGCUCAUAGACUGGUUGUGAUAGUACAUAAAAUAUUGUCUCUAUAUUAAGACAUCUCCCAAGCUCUAAACUACUGCAAUUUUUUUUUUAAAAGCUUAACGGUAAAAUUAUUUAAUACUUUUUUAUUUGUGGUAAUAAUUGUAUACUAUGUAUUUAUUUUGAAACUGUGAUUGCAUGAGGCAUCAAAAUCUAAUGAAGAAAAAGUGUGAUAAUCACCAACAGUAUAGUGGUCACUUGUCUUACUUUCAGUUUUCUAUUUAUUAUGCAUUUUGUGUUGCCUGUUGCAAAUUAUUAGCCAAUGUAAAUAAAAAAAUUAACAUUUGCACGUGGUUGUAAAUAUGGUGUAAAAACAUUCCUUUGUAUCAAUCAGUUAUUUGGGAUGAGAUUGAAAUUUAUGACUGAGUGAUUUUAAAAAUUGUCAAUAAACCAGUAAAGAUCUUUAUUUUUCUAUGCUCAAGGGUAUAAAACUAUUGCUAUUGUACAAAUAAUAAUAGCUUUUACUAGAACAUGCUUAAGAAAUGUUGGGAAUUUCUUCUGCACAAAAAAAUUAAAUAAAUGUCUUUGCUUGCAUUCCUAUGCACAUUUUCAAGUAGAUUAUACAGCCGCUUACUAGUAUUAGCACAAUAUAAAAUCUGUGUAACUAAAUUCCUGAAUGUUAGGCAAAAAAUUUUAACUUCCAAAGGGUUGUAUAUAAAACUGUAGCACACAUUGCCUGUAGAAUCUAACAUGUAGAAGCCUUAAUUUAAAAUCGCUCUUUUGCUCUUGUAUAUACACAUUUUAAAUUUUGGUUAAAAACACUGGAUGUGUAAACAAGUUAAUAAAAAAUAUUUUUCUAUUUUGUUUCACAGAAUCGAUAGACAUUUUAAAUUUAUUGAAUUUUGUAAGUUAUGUACAUUUCCUUUAUGUUGACUUUUGAAAUUAGAACAGAUAUUUUAACCACUACAACAAAAAAAAAAAAGCAAUUCAUUUUCUCAAAAACUCCUUUUGUAAGUUGUUGGUCUUAGUAAUAGUUUUGGUUUGGCUACAUUUCUAUAAGUUAACACUAGAUAUAAAAUUCUGACUGAACUAUGCAGAUGUUUGUUUAUUCAGAUAUUAGCCUUACAACCAAAAUAUCUAUCAAAAUGAAAAAUGAUAUUUAGUUUUUAGAACUACUAGCUGAUUUACCAUAGUUGAACCAAGAAUAGCAUCAUUGGAAUUAUUUAACUGAAAUUUUUUGCAUUUAUUUUAUUUCAAAUGCAUAAUCUAUAAUAAAAAAAUUGCUUAAUUUUAUGUUGCUAUAUUUAAGCUCUCGGAGGCAAGUUUGGAUUUAAAAAACAAGAAUUUCAUUAUUUUUCCCUCAUGGAAUAAAAAUUUUCUUUUGUCUUAAAAGAAGAUAAUGGUUGCAUACUAUGUACAGUAUUGUAGAGUUAUUAAAUACAUAACAACAUAGCCAGAAAGUAAUGCUAUAUUAUGACACUGGGAUUAGUACAGAUAUAUACAGGCCGUAUUUGUGUAGUCCAUUUUACUCAUGCUUAUUUGCCACAUUGGUGAUGUAUUCAUUUUAUUACAGUAUGAGAAUUUUAACUUUUUAAAAAACCGUGUUGUUUUUGUAUUUCAUUUAUUUAUAUUAGACUGAUUGUCCAGUGAAAAGUCUGGCCAAUACUGGAGUUACACUACUUAGUCAUGGCUUACUUUUUUUAUGCACAUGCUAUAUCUUCAGAAGUAAAACAGCUUUGUUUGUCUUUAACAUUUGAAUGUAAUAUAACCCUUUACCAUGUGUUCUCUUUCAUUAUAUCACAGAAAAUUUAGUAUUUCUUCCAGUUUUAUUUUACUGAAUAAAUAAAUCAACCUUUAUGUAAUGUGAAAUUGUUUAAAAUUAUUAUAUUGUUUCUUAUAACACUGGUAAAGGGGUUAAUGCAGGGGUCUGCAACCUUUCUGUAGAGCCAUUUUCUAAAGUUACUAGUGCUGACCACUGUGUUAAUGCAAUCAACUGAAAUUGAGACAACUUUGUGUUUUAUCCAAAUAAGCUGAGAUGUGCUUAUACAGCCUAACAUUUUCAUUAAUUUAUACUCUUGUCCUUUUUUUUUUUAAAAUAUUUAUUAUAUUCUGUAUAUUUUGAACUAUACAUUAGUUUGCAAUGGCUGUUUAAAAUUGUGAUCCAAGGAUGUGAAUAUUAUUGGUGUGUUUACUUCAAUAAUAGAUUUGACUAUAAUUGAAUAAAAUAUCCAG